AUGGAGGACAACGAGAGCGAGACAGAGAAGAGGGAGAAAGACUCGUCCAAGAGCGACAGAGUGACUCUGAAGAAAGAAAUUGGACUUUUGAGCGCUUGCGCUAUUAUCAUCGGGAACAUCAUUGGCUCUGGUAUAUUCAUCUCACCUAAAGGAGUGUUGGAACAUGCCGGCUCAGUGGGGCUGUCACUCAUCGUCUGGGUUUGUGGAGGGGGGAUCUGUGCCCUUGGGUCCAUGUGCUAUGCUGAGCUGGGUGUCACCAUCCCGAAGUCUGGAGGAGACUAUUCAUAUGUGACAGAGAUCUUUGGCGGGCUUGUUGGCUUCCUGUUGUUAUGGAGUGCCGUCCUCAUCAUGUAUCCGACCACACUGGCUGUCAUCGCACUCACCUUCUCCAAUUACGUCUUGCAGCCAGCCUUCCAGGACUGCCUCCCUCCAUACAUCGCCACCAGACUCCUCGCCACGAUCUGUAUCUUGUUCCUGACCUGGGUGAACUGCUCGAGUGUACGCUGGGCAACCAGGAUCCAGGAUGUUUUCACCGUAGCAAAGUUGCUCGCGCUGGUACUCAUCAUAGUGGUGGGACUUGUCCAAAUAUGUAGAGGUCACUACGAUCACCUGCGCCCCAGUGUGGCCUUUGAGUUCCGUCAGGACCCGUCAGUGGGACAGAUUGCUCUGGCCUUCCUCCAGGCCUCCUUUGCCUACAGCGGCUGGAAUUUCCUCAACUAUGUCACAGAGGAGAUUGUGGAGCCACGCAAAAACCUGCCUCGUGCCAUCUACAUUUCCAUCCCACUGGUGACCCUGGUGUACACUUUGACCAACAUUGCCUACUUCUCCUCCAUGUCCCCUGAGGAGCUGCUGGCCUCCAAUGCUGUGGCAGUGACAUUCGGGGAAAAGCUUCUGGGGAUGUUUUCCUGGGUGAUGCCGAUCUCGGUAGCACUGUCCACCUUUGGAGGAAUCAAUGGAUAUCUGUUCACCUCCUCCAGAUUGUGCUUCUCAGGGGCCAGAGAGGGUCAUCUGCCCUAUCUGCUGGCCAUGAUCCACCUAAAGAACUGCACUCCCAUCCCCGCCCUGCUGGUCUGUUGCGCUGCCACAAUAUUCAUCCUGUGUGUUGGAGAGACACACAACCUGAUCAACUAUGUGUCCUUUAUCAACUAUCUGUCCUAUGGGGUAACCAUCGCCGGCCUCCUCUACCUUCGCAAGAAGAGACCCAACCUACUCAGACCCAUCAAGGUGAACCUGUUGAUCCCCAUCACCUACCUGAUUUUCUGGGUAGUGCUGCUGUGCUUUAGUCUCUACUCUGAGCCGGUGGUGUGUGGCCUGGGCAUGGUCAUCAUGCUGACCGGAGUCCCUGUGUACUUUGUGGGGGUUCACUGGAGGAACAAACCCAAAUGGAUCCACAUGGUAGUCGAAAAAUGCACUUAUGUGGGCCAGAAGUUGUGUUACGUGGUGUUUCCUCAGGGAGAUCCUUCAGAGACUGAACCCCUCACUUCCUCCAAAGCCACGGACUGA